UACAGCUUGAAAUAAUCAAACUUUAAGCAAUUUUAUAUUUAUUAAUGAAAGAGAUGUCGAAUCCUCCUGGCAUAUCAAUUUUGUUUUACAAGGAAGCAAUGGAACAAUGCCAUUCAUUUAAUUCAAGAUUAAUGACUGAAAGAAGAGUCCGAUUGCCUUACUUGGACUCGCAAACUGGAGUAGCCCAAAACAGCUGCAAUUUACUUUUUGAACGAUGGCAAAGAGGGCCUGGUCUUGGACCCAAUCAAGUUUAUACAUAUCCUAGUAAAAGAUGGAAAAAGAAACCUAGGACUAUGCCUAUCCUUGAUCCUUACUCAAUGGCUACUAACAGUAAAUCAUUGACAGGACAGUUAAUCCAAGGUUUAGAGGGGCAUAUUAAUGAGAAUUCGAAUAGUUCUUCUGGCCCAGCACUGGAUUUUGAUGCGAUGAGCGACAUACAAGAUGCAGGAGCCGAUGAAUAUGGAGACGAUGAUGAUGAAGAUUAUGAUGACGAUCCACGACAUAGGAAAAGAGGAAGAAGACCGAGAGGUGGCGGAAGAGGAGGUGGCAGGACUACUAGAAGGACCGCUAUGGAAAGAGAUGAGGAGAGAGAAAAACCACAUCCAUGUGCUUAUUGUGGAAAACGAUACAAAAAUAAAACUGGCCUUAAUUAUCACAUUCAAAGAUACCACCAAGAUGAAGUAGAUGCAGAUGAAGAUUACAACCCCGGAAAUGAUAAUGAUAUUCCUAGUGUAGUUGAUCAAGAUUCAAAUCCUGGAGUCCUAUCAAAAUCUGCUCUUCCAUCGUCCAGGUCUGAGAGUAUGACUGGAUCAAAUGUUGGGGAUGAUUUUGAAGAUGAGGAAAGAUUGACCAGAAGCAAAAAGAAAAAACAGACGGUCAAUAGUGCUUAUUGUGAUUUUUGUCUUGGAGAUGCUGAUGAAAACAAGAAAACAGGUGAAUCCGAGGAGCUUGUAUCAUGCUCUGAUUGUGGACGUUCUGGACAUCCCACCUGUUUGCAAUUCACUGACAUUAUGACAAUGAAUGUCAAAAAAUACAAAUGGCAAUGCAUUGAAUGCAAAUCUUGUCAUCUAUGUGGCACUUCUGACAAUGAUGAUCAACUUCUCUUUUGUGACGAUUGUGAUCGUGGAUACCAUAUGUACUGCCUUUCACCACCGAUGGAUGAACCACCAGAAGGUAGUUGGAUUUGUGAUCUUUGUGAAGCUGAUAGAAAGGUUCGUGAAGGGUGUAAUACCAAAAAGUCUUGAAACAACCUUAUGUUGUAGACCAGGGGUGUGUAACAGGUGGCCCCUGGGGCACAACACGACUCGCCAAGCCAUUUAGUGUGGCCCUUGUCAAAACUCAUAUUUUUCCCUUUUAGGCACAAAAUCCUAAUCCGGCAGUUUAUGUUUGAAAAGGUGCUCACUUAAAUGAACUGCUUAUGUCGCUGCGGUAAAUCUUUCGCCGCUUUGUCAGAUUCAUUUAUAACUGUUAGGCUAAGCGAUAGCCACAUUCUCUUGCCUUCCCAGCUCAAUUUUUUGUGUGACCCAGCUGGAUGUUUGAAGUUGGUUAUAUGGCCCACUGACAAAAAAUGUUGCACACCUCUGCUGUAUUCAGAUAGUGAUGGGCAAGACAAUGGCAUAUUUUCCAAUUUCGUCAUUGACUAAGAUUGGGGCUGUAUAAUCAGCAUUUUUAUAAUUUCUCUCUGAUUUACCUAUGGUCCAUUAGUAAAAAGCUUUUUUUAAUGAACUGGAAAAUCAAUACCACAAUUGCCGCAAUAUUGUGAAUUUACUCAAGACAAUGGUACAUUUUUCAUUUUGUCUUAUUCAGUUUGACAGUGCCCCCCCCCCCCCCAAUUCUUAGGCGUAGUAAUUUUUUGUUGAAAGCCUUGUAUGAUUAAAGUUAUGCUUAUAACAAGUUCUCCAACCAAUAUUCAGCAUGUUGCAUGUAGGGAUAUGAGAUUCAAAAUAUCACAGGGUUUGAAUUGAAGUCAAUUCAAUAACAGGCAAAUCUAGAAAACACUGUCUGUUUUGACUAAAUUAGGAGAGCUAACAGGACAUGAAUGUACAACAUGAUGGGCUUAGUCCAGGCAUCAACUCUUCUUUUUGUUUAUUACCUUAUGUUUGCAGCAAUUGCAAGUAUUGAAUGUUUUUUUAAUGUUUUAGUAACUAAUUUGCUGAUCAGUUGAUUAAAAUAGCUAUUCUGCCAUUUUGCCUACUUUGUAACUUAACAUGAGCAGAAUUAUCUUUCCAAAUUAACGUAUAUGACGUACAAAUGUCAACUGACAUUUUAUUGAAACAUCCUUUAAAAGACUGCUUAACCAUGAGGCGAACCAUGGCCUCUCGUCCGGUUACAUGUCUGGUAUGGGAUUAGUUAGAUAUUCGUUUUAGUAAGCAUGGACUUGAUGGUGGAGGAAGCCGUAACCGACCAGCGGUUAUGUGAACCACCCUACGAAAUGUAUAGAAAAAUAUUCGAUAAAAGAUAUCACCAAGACAAAUUGCCCAAUCAUGGCAGUCGGUAUUGCCAGGUUAUCAAAGAUUCAAGUUAGGGUUUCCUAUUUAUAGUCAUGGAUUUUUUACGAGGAAAUAUAAUCGAGGUUGUCUAUUACUAGGGUCAGCUCGUCGUUUCUCAUCCUGAGGCCUCAUAGCUUUUUGAACGAUGGCAAUGUCUCACCUCAUUGCUUUCCAUUCUUUUUGUGACUAUUCUUCAAAUUCUUAGACAAAAGCGACCUAUUCAAACAUAUAUUAACUUAAUCCACUUUGAUUUUUAGCUGUCAGUAAUAUAUCUUAAUUUAUUUGUUCAUGCCAAUCUAUCAUAUCUUAAUCAAGCAUAAAAUGAAUCCAUUUCUUUCGGCAAACCUUGUGUACUACUGGGCUAUAUACAUAUUACGGUGGUGUUAGAGCCGCAUUAAUUCCCGCCUAUAAACAAUCGCCACAUUAAACUUGAUGGCGCACCCACGUCUGUCUCGAUGUGAAGUGCAAGUGGCCUUUUCUCAUUUCUUAUCAAAAAUUUACAUUGUUUGGUUUUUACUUAUCACCAGUGUGAACGUUGAUCUUGAUCUGUGUCAUGGCCAAAGCGUUUGAAUGGACUAGCAACUUUGUUAAUGGUGUUGCAGUACACAAUCGCUCUUUUGCUUUAUGAAGCAAAUAGGUUUUGAAUAAUUCUCAACAAUGAAAUAUUUUUCCGUCCAAGAACGUGAAACUCUCGAGCCUCGUCGCUAACUUUUCUACGUUUUCCAGCCAUUUUACCGCCAAAAUUUAAAUAUCAAACUGAACUAAAUGAUGACUUUGAUAGCCAUUUCGUGGCGAUGACUUUAAUAGUUUUUUCGCGACCCCUCGUCUAUUGCAGUUGAAACGUUUUUUCGAUGAAUUUAUUUCAUUUUUUUUUUUUUGGUUAUAUGUACAAUGUUUGUUGCACGACGAAAAUAAAUGUCCGAAUCUGAAA